ACCAUUUUCGGCUUUUAAAAACGAAAACAAAUUCUUCAUCCCUGAAAAUCUCAAGCCACAAAGAGAGACUCAGAGAUAGAGAGCGGAUCCACGCCGUGAAGAAUGGAGGGCCAAGGGUGUUCGGACGCAAACACGCCAUUUUUGAAGAAGCAGAAUGGGGAGAGAAAGCGGAGCGGAUUACUGAGUCGACGAAACUCGGUCAGCACGCUCAGAACUGAGUUUGUUUCCCGGUUACCGGAAAAGGUACUGUGUGGAGUUGAUAAGGACGCUCCCUUUGACAUCGACACGUCCAAAACCAGAGGCUUAAGUGCAGGAGAGAAGGAAUACUAUGAAAAACAAUUUGAGACCCUGAAAUCCUUUGAGGAAGUUGAUUCUUUGAUUGGAUCCGAUGACUUGAUCGAGGAAAAUCAUGGGGAAGCCGCAGCUGAAAGAGCAAUGAAAAUCUCUAAUUAUGCAAAUGUUGUUCUGCUGGCAUGUAAGAUCUAUGCCACUAUAAAGAGUGGAUCCAUCGCCAUUGCUGCAUCAACACUGGAUUCUUUGCUUGAUCUCAUGGCUGGCGGCAUACUUUGGUUCACUCAUUUGGCAAUGAAAAACAUUAAUAUUUACAAGUACCCUAUUGGAAAAUUGAGGGUGCAGCCCGUAGGCAUAAUCAUCUUUGCUGCCGUAAUGGCUACUCUUGGUUUCCAGAUUUUGGUCGAGGCUGUAGAAAAGCUCAUUAAAGACAAAGCAUCUGAAAAGAUGAGCAAGGUGCAAUUGGAAUGGCUGUACUCAAUUAUGCUUGGUGCUACAGUGGUAAAAUUAGCCCUGUGGCUAUACUGCAAAAACUCUGGAAACAAGAUUGUCCGCGCCUAUGCAAAGGAUCAUUAUUUUGAUGUGAUAACAAAUGUAGUAGGAUUGCUUGCAGCUGUUCUUGGUGAUAGAUUCUACUGGUGGAUUGACCCUGCUGGUGCCAUUCUCCUUGCUGUUUACACAAUUUCAAAUUGGUCUGAAACUGUCAUGGAAAAUGCAGUUUCGCUUGUGGGAGAAUCGGCCUCUCCUGAAAUCUUACAGAAAUUAACUUAUCUCGUCUUAAGGCACCCAAAAGUCAAGCGUAUCGACACAGUUCGUGCCUACACUUUUGGCGUACUUUUUUUCGUUGAGGUUGACAUUGAGCUCCCUGAAGAAUUACCUUUAAAAGAAGCGCACACUAUCGGAGAAACCCUGCAGAACAAGAUUGAGAAACUCCCAGAAGUUGAAAGAGCAUUUGUUCAUCUUGAUUAUGAAUGUGAACACAAGCCAGAGCACACCGUCCACAACAGGCUUCCCAGCAGCAACACUUAGCCUUGAUUUCUAGUAUCUCCCUCAUUGCCAUCACUUCCACAAGCUUUUCUUCUCUUCUGUCAAUCAUAUUAGUAAAAUGAAUCAAAUUUUGUUGCUGAGAGGUUCCCCGUGGAUGAAGAAGGUUUACAAGAAGAGACGAUGAGCGGAGGUAAAUACAUUGAACAUCAAGGUUUUAAUUAUAUAUGUAAUGUUACAGGGAAUCUUCGUUCUUUACUUCUGAACCAAAUGAGAUGGAAAGUUUUUCUUGCUUGUUGAAGGUUCUCUUUUAGUACUUAAUAUCCUAGAGAUUCUUUACGAAGA